UUCAUUUGUUAAUGGCCAUGAAGUUGUGCAUAUUUUUCAUGUGUCUACUUUUCUCGACACCCCGAAGCAGUAGUUCUUCUCAAUGGACUGUCCAGGUUCGCAAUCACUUGAAACGCUUGAACAAGCCUCCCGUCAAAUCCAUCAAGAGUCCAGACGGAGAUAUAAUUGAUUGCGUCCAUAUCUACGACCAACCAGCUUUGGAUCAUCCUUCCCUCAGAAACCAUACAAUUGAGGUCACUACCUUCUCUAUGAGACCAAGUGUUUAUCCGGGGGGGCCUCUUGGCUACAUGGAGUUGGAGAAAGGAUCAAAGUCAUUUACACAAUUGUGGCAGUUGAAUGGAAGAUGUCCACAAGGAACUAUUCCUAUUAGAAGAAUUUCAAAAGAAGACAUAUUAAGAGCAAGCUCUAUUGAAAGGUUUGGGAUGAAGAAACCAAAUACAAUACCGCAUACAAGCCCGACAGAUAUAGGUCCCAAAGAAAAUGGUCAUGAGUAUUCAAUUGCUUAUAUCACCGGAAAUGGGGCCAAGUAUUAUGGUGCCAAAGGAAGUCUUAACGUAUGGAAACCCAUAAUCCAAGAACCCGUUGAGUUCAGUUUAGCUCAAACAUGGGUGGUGGCAGGUCCAGUUGAUAUUGGAAAACUGAACAGCAUUGAAUCUGGUUGGCAGGUCUACCCGGCUCAAUAUGGAGAUAACAACCCUCGCGUGUUCAUCUAUUGGACCAAAAUGAACAUACGACAGAGCGAUGGAUAUCAAUCCAAGGGUUGCUACAAUCUCAUGUGCCCAGGCUUUGUCCAAGUCAGUCAUGAAAUAGCCCUAGGUUCACAAAUCCUUCCAAUUUCAGAGUAUGGUGGUUCCCAAUUUGACAUCCAAGUAAACAUAUGGAAGGACCAAAAUCAAGGUAACUGGUGGUUGCAAUAUGGGAACGGUGAACCGCUAGGAUACUGGCCAGGCUCAUUGUUCACCUUUCUGGCUGACAGUGCUACGUUGAUCGAGUGGGGAGGAGAGAUUGUAAACAAACAAACAGGCGGACAACACACCACAACACAGAUGGGUAGCGGCCAUUUCCCUGGAGAAUUCUUUCACAAGGCCGCUUUCUUUAGGAAUCUCAAAUACGUUGACAACUCCAACGUUCUCAGGGAUCCUCAAGGACUCGCCACUUUCGUCAAACAAUCCCCCAACUGCUACGAUGUCAAGAAAUACAGGGGUGGCCCCUGGGAAUACUACUUUUACUAUGGCGGUCCUGGUAGAAAUCCUAAUUGUCCAUGA